AAUAAAAAAAAUAAUAAUAGUAAUAAAAAGGAAAAUGAAAGUGAAAAAAUUAUACAAAAUCUGAGGUUCUUUCUUUGAAAUUUCUGUUUGGCGAAUGAGAAAGUGAGGGAAACUGGAAGGCUUGUUCCGAGGAUUUCACUUUACCAUUUCCCUUUUAUCUGUUCCGUAAAGCUUCGUGAUUGGCGUGGAAAAGCGGGGACGGAAUCUGGUGGAGUCAGGUUGAGAAUCGAUGGAUUUGCAGGUUGGUGAUGAUGGCGUGAUCUUGUCGUUCAAUCGUAGUCGAUGACUCAGAACUGUUUUACGAUUAUAAGCAGCUUGAUUUGAUGCGUAGGUGAGGUUCUUGAGGCAUCUGGAUUGGUGACUGAGUAGUUCUGGAUCCAGAACAGACACCUUUAAAGGAGAUGGAUUGCGAUGAGUUUCGAUCGAUCUUGGAGAGUUCGGGUGUGGAUGUGUGGACAUUGAUAGAAACAGCAGUGUCUGUAGCGUCUGUGGAUUACAGCGAAGAAUUCAAGGGCCGAAGAGAUAGCAUCGUCGAACGGCUUUAUACGCCUGUGGUUUCGCGAUGCCUGAACUGCGAUCGCGAUCGUAUUCAUAAGCCAAAUGGUGAUCGGUCUGUGAAGGAAAAGAUGGAUCAGUUGCAAGACGAGUCCUGGAUUGAGACGCCAGAGUCAGUGGAGACGGAUAGAGAUGGAUCAAUCGAUGAAGAGCAGUCUAAGAUUCUUGCGAUCAAGGAGCGCCUUGAAGAUCCUGAUCAGUUAGAGGAUUCUCUGGUUGAUUUGCUUCAGAGUCUCGCAGACAUGGAUAUCACAUUUAAAGCUCUUAAGGAAACUGACAUCGGACGGCACGUGAACCGAUUACGGAAGCAUCCAUCCAAUGAAGUUCGAAGGCUGGUUAAGCAACUCGUCAGGAAGUGGAAAGAUCUGGUUGACGAAUGGGUGAAACUGAGUACACCUGGGGAAACUACAGCUUCUGCAAUUGUUGCUGAUGGAGACUCUCCUCAACAGAACCACCUGAAAAGCACCUCCAAUGUUCAUCACCAGGUACCUGAUUUUGCAUAUUCUCCAAAUCCACACAAUGGAAGCUCUGGUUCUGACAAGAACAAUGUGGAACUUGAACCGAAAAGGAAGGCAGUUCCCCGAAGAGAAACUCCAAAUAAGCCAAACCAAACGCCUCCCAUUCCUACUUCUGUUGCUCUAAAUAAACAGAGGGAGCAGAAAGACAGCCUCGUAGAUGAAGAAAAAUUGGCUUCGGCUAGAAGGCGGCUUCAUGAGAAUUAUCAGGAAGCUCAAAAUGCAAAAAAACAGAGAACAAUUCAAGUGAUGGAUAUUCAUGACAUUCCCAAACCCAAGAAUACAUUCUUUGCCAAGAACAGGGGAGGUGUUCAGGCAAAACAUUGGUGAUUACAAAGCACAAAUUAAUACCGGCAAUACCGGCUGUAAAAAUUAGGAGUUGAAACCGCUAAGGGUCAAAACGGCUCCAACUGGCGGCUGAGCUUUGGGGCGAAGUGGUGGAAUUGUAGGAAGCAGGAGUUGUGACCGUGAUACAUGUGACUUUUAUGGGUUUGUAAUAUUAUUUUGUUUCAGGAAGAGGGUGUUGUUGGGUACUGGCAUGAGCAGUGACGACUGACGUGAUAAAACAAAAAACGAAAAUACUGUGAAGGAGAAUCCAUAUGAUUGCAUCAGACGGAUUCACUGUAGUACUGCAUGCCAAACAAUUGCAUGUGGGUUACACAGGGGUGACUCCACGAUUGCCAGCUGCAAAUGUAUAUUGUAGCAAACUUGAUAAAACCUAUUGGAUUUGGUCCCGAUUAGAAGGCACCAUCGUGUCAACACAGCUGUGGCUUUUGA